AUGCCCAGCGCCACAUUCUCAGCCAUAUUUCAACUGCACAUAUUUGCACCGCUAUUACUCCUACUGAUCAAGCUCAAACACGUUGGAUUCGCCAUACUAGCCCUACUGGCCUGUGUUGGUUGCUUUUUAAGCAUAGUACCAAGGUUAUUCAUGGACUUUCGGAUAAUGCCCUACGAAGUAGACCGAAUGGAAUCUACACCCGAAAUGACCCACUCGUUCAUACACUACUUGGGCUCUACUGAGCAGAACAUCUCGACAUUCAUAGUGGGUCUGGUGUGGGGUUAUGUCAUACGCUGUAAACCCGAUGCACUCAACAAAGUGGGCAAAAACGGUGUGCUUUGCCUUUGGGUUGGUUUUUGCAUUUUGCCCCAAAUCGCCAGCGCGUGGGGCGAGACAUUCAAAGCCACUAAAGGGGGGUUUAAUGAGAAAUCAUUUUUAGUGUGGUUUCUGAGUGGGCGUGUGUUGUGGGCGUUAGGCUACGGAUGGAUUGUAUACGCGUGUAGUACUAACCGGGGCUGGAUUAUACAGCGAUUUUUUAAUUACCAGCCCAUACAACCAUUGGCUAAACUGGCGUUUGGUAUAUACCUGUCGCACAUCAUUAUUAUAGGCACCCGACUGUUGGCCAUUAGAGAGACUUAUGUUAUGACACACUCAGGGAUUUUUGAGGGGGCAAUCAUUGAUUACGUGAUAGCGGUGUUAACGGCAUAUAUGCUGUAUAUACUGAUUGAAUGUCCGAUUUAUCAUUUAAUUAAAAUAAUUUGCGGACAAAACGUGUCGGAAGUGGAGAGGAGUGGUGUCUAUGAGAGGACUAAUGGAGAGUCUGNUAAUUUGCGGACAAAACGUGUCGGAAUGCGAAAUCCGAUCGUGGUCAAAGUGGUGGAUAAACUGCGCAUGCGUGUGGGUAACUUUAGUCGCGCAGUUCGGGUCAAUUUACGUAAUUUUGUGGAUGAGGCCAAACAAGGAGUGUCGGAGGACAGUGUGGUUCACGUCCGCAACUCAUUGAUGGCUUUCAUCGAGAGUCUAGAGUUGUCUCCACUCUGUCUAAUGUCAUUCGUGAUGAUGAAAAAGGCACUUGAUAGAAAUGAACGAUGGCCACUUAAAUUUUACGACUCGAUGCAAAUCAAACCCACGGGACUAUUGGAGGGUUCGUUCACAAGCCUAGGCCUAUACUCAGUGUCUGGACAUCGAGAACGAGCACUUCCCGGGCCUCAAAAUGAAGGGAGUCCAUUACUGCCCGAUAAUAAUACACUCAAACUAUUGCAAGCAAUCAAUUACUUUAGGAAAACAUAUUUCCGGUUUGGCGUCUGUUUUCCCUCCACUUGUAAUCCAAAAGAGAUUAAUCGGGCGUUGAAUACAAUUAUGUCUCCGAGUGGUAAACAAUACGUUGAGAUCGAGAAGGAAUGUAAUGUCAAGAAUAAGGAUAUUAUACGCAAUUGCUAUCAACGGACCGCACACACAAUAUUACUGAUAUUUAUAUCGUUGGAAUUGUUGGGCCGAUCGUACGUUCAGCCCGUGUUUUACAACAAUAUCGGUCUUCGGCGACAAAAUACGGGCAUAACUAAGGAGUUCUCGACCGCUAAAAAGUUCUUUUGGCUCAGAAACAGCUCGUAUUCGAUGUCCAUAUUUAUUUUGAUGAGCGCGUGGGGCGAGACAUUCAAAGCCACUAAAGGGGGGUUUAAUGAGAAAUCAUUUCUGGUGUGGUUUCUGAGUGGGCGUGUGUUGUGGGCGUUGGGCUACGGAUGGAUUGUCUACGCGUGUAGUACUAACCGCGGUUGGAUAAUACAGCGGUUUUUCAACUACCAACCCAUACAACCAUUGGCUAAACUGGCGUUUGGUAUAUACCUGUCGCACAUCAUUAUUAUAGGCACCCGACUGUUGGCCAUUAGAGAGACUUAUGUUAUGACACACUCAGGGAUUUUUGAGGGGGCAAUCAUUGAUUACGUGAUAGCGGUGUUAACGGCAUAUAUGCUGUAUAUACUGAUUGAAUGUCCGAUUUAUCAUUGAAUUAAAAUAAUUUGCGGACAAAACGUGUCGGAAGUGGAGAGGAGUGGUGUCUAUGAGAGGACUAAUGGAGAGUCUGUCAGGGAUUAUGAGACAGACAUCGAGAUUAAACUAUAUAAACAUGAGCAAACUGUCGAUUUGUAAACAAC